CAUUGUUGAGCUUCCCAGAAUGGAUGAAUUUAGCUAGUAUCCUCUUUGUUCAUAUCCGCAUGCGUGUAUUCGUUGUGCAUUUACCAGAAACCCCGCCACCUUAAAGGACUAUAUAUUAUCCUAAUGAGAGCGGCGCAUUGAGUUGAAGCACCUACCGCGUAAGGUACAUAUUUCUGUUUUUCAAAAUGGUUGAGCUUACCACGUUUGCGAGGAAGUAUGGCGUGAGGCCAGAACACGAAGAUCAAUGGGGACUUUUCUAUCUAUAUGGAAAAUCAGGAUAUACCCCAACUGUAGCACAGAAUAUCCUCACCACAGCUUACGAGCAAGACAUUGAAGAGAAAAGGGAAUUGUACCAACGUGAUUGUCUACUUUUCGGUUUCAACGCAAGAGAACUAGAACUUAUGGGAGCCCUGCCAGAUCCAGAUGCGCAACCAACUGUCAUCACAGGGCCUAUACAUCCCAUUCUUGACCGUGAUCGCUGGGAGCCUUACAGGCUUUUUCGAUCAGAGUUAUUGAUGGCACCGCUCAACCUACCAGUCGAACACUAUUCCCUUGGAAACGAUAACACAGGAAUAUGGGCUGCGAGCAAUCCUGUAGUAUGGCGGGUCCUAGACCCUGUUCUUAGAUUGGUGACCAAGUUUCUAAGCAAUUUCCACGUUCUGCCAUGGCUACAUGCCUUCUUAACUGGAGAAUUUAAACGGGUGCCCGAGCAUCUUGAUACCCGAUCAAUGGAAGAUAAGCAGAGGGACGGUCCCGUCUGGACCUUCAAUCGUCGAAAUCCGCCCCAAAUAUUUGACCAGACAACCAUGCAAAACACAUUGAAGUAUCUUGAGAAUCUGGGGAAAAAAUUGUCCCUGGGUAUCUCCAAAGGCUUUUGUGAUCCAAGGACGAACAUAGAAAUACCGGGCCAGCGUUUCUUGUGUGCUUGUGCAACUUCAUCGAGGUUCCCGAAGCGAGAUAAACUCGACGAGUUGGAAAACGUGGAAAUAUAUAUGUCCCAUGAGGCAUUAGAACCGCUUCUUAGAAAUGAUAUGAGCCCCUCUGAGAUUCUCGCUGAACAGUUCGUCCUUGCCGCUUCUUUCUUACACGAGAUUGGAGUAAGUUGUCCCCCUCCCCCAGCACUUCCUCUACGCUAAUAAACAUUAGCACGCAACCAAUCUGUCACUGGCUGGCACAGCUCCCUGGAUUAAUAACCACCAUGAACCUUAUUAUGAAAGUGAGGUCUUCUCGGAGCUA